AUGUCGCCGGCUCGAGCUCGCUUCUCCGGCCUCUUCCCUCUCGUCCUAUCCCUGUUGACCUUCCUGCUGGCCGUUUCGGCCGUCGACAAGGUCUACAUCACUGGCGAUGGCAUCGACGGCGUGUCCCGCAAGCUCGACGUCAGUCGCUACCCGGCCCUUUACACCGGCGACUUUGACGACUGCAUGGGCGGCGAGAGCUUGUUCAACGUCACCAGGUUCGACGCCGCCUACUAUGCCGACAACCUCACCGUGCUCUUUCAUCUCGACGGGACCACCAACAUCCAAAGCGAGAAUCUCAUUCUCCACAUCUCCGUCCAAGCAUACGGCGAGAACCGGUUCAACAUGACAUAUGACCCGUGCAAGGCCAACAUUGCCAGCAUGUGUCCCCUCAAGGCCAGCGUGCCCGUCACUGCUUUUGCGACGAUUCCCAUCUCCCCCACCGACGUCGCCGGCAUCCCCUCCAUCGCGUUGGGCAUCCCCGAUCUCGAAGGCUUUGCGCGCCUGCAAAUCUUCGCAAACUCGACCCAAACGGAGAUUGGCUGCUUCCAGGCCGUCAUGAGAAACGGCAACUCGUUUUCCCAGCCAAAGGCUGUCGGCACCAUCAUGGGCAUCCUGACAGCCUUCGCCACCCUGGCAUCGUUCGCCACGGCAGUCUACGGGCUGAGCAUGACGCACAUGCGCACGCAUUACGCGCACUCCUUUUCCGUCCUCGUCAUCUUCGAGACCUUUCAGUCCAUCUUCUUUUCCGGUGCCCUCUCGGUCAACUGGCCGAGCGUGCUUCCUGCCUGGUGGAGCAACUUUGCUUGGUCCGCUGGCAUGUUCGCCAACGAGCGCAUCGUUGACUCCAUUAGCAUUUUUACCGGCACCAACGCUAACAUUAGCCAAGUUGGAGGGGCCGGCUCUGUCCAGAUCAACAACGGCGGCGGCCUGCUGCAGCAGAUUUACGGCAGGUCGCUGUCCGCCCCGGCUUUUGACAAUGUGCCGGUCCAAGCUCUCGCGCGACGAGCAGAGUACAACACCAGCAACCCCUACGAAUACACAUGGCACGGCCACCCUCGGACUCCAGGCAUGCCCAUGCCUGGCACCUGGCCCGGAUUCGGCGGUACCUUGUCGGCGGUGGACGUCCCCCCUGCCGAGGCGUUCCUAGUCAGCUUGAUCUGGUUGCUGGUGAUUCUGGGCGGCGUCGCCCUGUUCGUCGUCGUCACCAAGCUGGUCCUGGAUGUGCUCGUCAGGACAAAAUGCCUCAAGACCGACGGCUUCGACUAUUUCCGCUCCCAUCUCGGUGGUUAUCUUGCCGCUGCAGUGCUCCGGACCCUCUUCAUCGCCUUCUUUACCAUCAUGACCUUGUCCCUGUUUCAGUUUUCGCUUCACGGGCCGGCCGGGCCGACGGCCAUUGCCGCCAUCGUCUGGCUUAUCCUCCUGGUAGGGGUCGGUGGAUUGAUUGCAUACGCUUGCUACUCCAGGCUUCGUGGGGGCAAGCUCGAACUCUGCCGGGACACGGUUCGACUCGAGCGCGGAACGCUAUUCCGAAAGAUUCCGUUCAUCGCCGCCACGAGGGCCAGCCAGAUGGACGAGAGCGAGACCAGGGAGAAGCCGUAUCUGUUUGGCGCAAUACCGUUUGUCAGGAUCAAGUACACGGCCCGCGACCCCGCCAGGCCCACCGUGCACCAGGACGAGGGCUUCACCAAGCGAUUUGGAUGGCUUGCAGCGCGAUACCGACGAACGAGAUGGUGGUUCCCCGCCGCCUACAUCGGCUAUCUGUUCUUCAGGGCCUGCUUCAUCGGAGGCGGCGCUCGCAAUCCCCUGGCUCAGGUCUUUGGACUGUUCAUCUGGGAGAUUCUGGCGUUGCCGGUCAUCAUCAAGCUGAGCCCAUUUGAGAGCAACCGCAUCACGGCCAUCGCCAUCUGGAUGCUCUCGAUAUCCAAAAUCGUCACCACGGGACUCUCCAUCGCGUUCCUGCCCGACUUUGGUAUCAAUCGUAUCGUCGCCACAGUACUGGGGAUAAUCAUCAUCAUUGUCCAAGGAUUCAUAGCCAUCGCCAUUCUGGUAUUGAUUUCAAUAGGCCUCGUCUCGACGUGGAUGUCUCUCUCUCGAAAUCGCGAAAAAUUCCCCGAGCCGCUGGACCAGACUCGUAUCCGAUACUUUGAGCACCUUGAGGCUGGCGCAGCCGAUCUCCCCCCGAAACCCAAGGGAGGAAACAGUCCAGAGGCACUCGCCGAGCCCUAUUUCAACGCCAAGUUGGAGCUUUGA